AGCCUGUGAUUGGACGAUAUUGCAGUUGCCGCGCUCUAUAUAAUUUUUGGCCUGGUCAUCGGUCAUCUAUUCCUACAGUGCAGUUGAUAUGUAUACCACAAUGGUGUUUGCAAAGAGGGAAAGCAGGCCAUUCACAUGAUAUACAGAUCAGUAUUAAUACGCAGGCGUCAGUCGGUAUUUGAAACCCUGUGUAGCGUUGCUUCGAAAGAGCUGUGAUGAAAAUACUAGAGAAUAGGUCUUUGUCUUCAAUAAUGAUUUACAGUCUAUGCGGGUGUGGGUAAAUUUAGAGCAACCGUUUGAAUAAUUAGUCUAAAUUUGUGACGCGCGCUGUUACCGUGCGGUGCUUGAGGUCUGCACCUGUUCACUAACAUGCUGAAGCCCGUGGUGAGUGCUCCAUCUGCGUAGGAAACAUCACUUUUUGACAUUUUAAAGCCUUUUAUUUGAAUUAACUAGAGAGCGCGUUAUUUCUGCAGAGUAUUUACAGUAAGGUCUAGUUUAGCAAUUAUGCCAUGUAGGCAAGCGAACGGCUUUGUUCAGACCAGUGAUAAUUAGCCUUUAGUGUCGUAAGGCGACGUUGUGGACCAUCUGUGAAGAAGGCAAGACGAAUAGAUCGCCAUAGUGUGCAGUUCCGCGAUGCUCGGCCAGUCACCUCACCUUAUUGGAGGUAUCUUGUGGAUCCAGAAUCCAAUGAGAGCUGUCCACUGCAACCUGACCCAGAAUGGGAUGGACCACCAGAUGUGCCCGGACGAUGUGACCUCUCACCUGGAGGAGGAGCCUCUGGACCAGGGUGCCAUGCUGGACGACGACAGCCCCACCUAUCAGGACGUGAGCCCCGGGUACCAGCGCCGCUCACCGCCCCAGCGCUCCGUCUCCGAGUCAGAACUCUCACGUUCGGGGAACGUAAAGCUGUCCAAGCCGGUGGCCCUGUGGACCCAGCAGGACGUGUGCAAGUGGCUGAAGAAGCACUGCCCCAAGCAGCACCAGAUCUACAGUGACUCCUUCAAGCAGCAUGACAUCACAGGACGGGCUCUGAUGAGAUUGACGGACAGGAAGCUGGAGCGAAUGGGCAUCAUGCAGGAGGGCCAACGGCAGUACAUACUCCAGCAGGUCCUGCAGCUCCGCGUCAGAGAGGAAGUCCGAACCCUGCAACUACUCACGCAAGCCUCUCUGGAGUGUUCUCCGUAGCCCGGGCGUUCCAGGACGCCAGCUGCCAAAAGGACCCAGUCUCCCUCGGACCUCCUACAUCUGACCCCCUCCCACCACCAAUCAGAGCUGUCCUGACCCCAACCUUAAUCCUAACUCCAAGCUUAACCCCAUGCUUAGUCCCAAAACCUCAAACCUUCACACAAGUAAAUUCAUUGGCUUGUCCAGUGACUUAUCAUAGACAUUCUAUCACUUUCUUGCCUUUAACAAAGCAUUCCCACUACAUUUGUCCCUACGCCACCCCAACUCUCCUACCCCUUUCUGAAGCACCACUAGCCCAGGACAUUCUGAGAACAAGCAUCAAGAGCUGGACAACUUAUCAACCCUCAACCGACGAUCCAACCACAAAGACUGCGGAGAGCAACGAUAAAACACACAUGUCAAAAAUGGCAUCAAAUUGAAAAAAACUUCUAUGAUAAUUCCUCCAUGGCCGUCCUAUGUGAAUACAACCCCCAGGAUACACCACUGAGCCGGUGUGUAACAUUCUGUUCUAAUGGUGACUUUAUAGACAUAUUGGGUACACCAGCCUUUCGCUCUUUACCCUCCGUCUUCUUUCUCUCGGUCUCUCUCGCGCUCUGUCCUCACUGACUAUGUCGGCGCAGCGAGAGGGUGACACAUUUUGCACUUCUAUAUGUUCCCUUUCUCCUUCACUCUCUCUCCCUCUUUUUCCGACUAUUGUCUGCAUUGAUUCUGUGCAUUGUCAGUGUCUGGGCUUGCCUGGUGAAAAUAUUGUCUCGGUUGUCCUAUCUGUGUCCUCUGCCCUGCUCCACUCUCUCCCUCCCUCACUUUGUGGGUCGCUCCCUCAGCGAACCCUUCCAUGUGAGAGAACUUCACUGCGAAUACAUCCAGGUGUGGCAUGAAGAGAGAGAACCAGGUGAAAAGUAAACGACUGAAAACCUACAUGGGACAAUUGGUGGGUUGAGAGAUGUGGUUGAGAGAGAACCAGGCAAGUGCUUCUCUACUGAUGAAGAGAACAUAAAGAAGAAAAAGAUCACACUGAAGACUCCCCCCCCUCUCCAUUUUAAAUAUGAGCUGUAUUGAAAAUAGCGUAGAAAGGAAAAUGUGCAAAAAAACAUGUACCAUGUGCAAAAAAACAUGUACCAUGUGCAAAAAACAUGUACCAGGUGCAAAAAAAACAUGUACCGUGUGCAAAAAAAACAUGUACCAUGUGCAAAAAAACAUGUACUGUGUGCAAAAAAACAUGUACCGUGUGCAAAAAAACAAACCAUCCAAUUGUUUUAUGACAAACUAACUCUUUGCUGUAACUGUUAAUGUGAAAUGGCCAUUCACUGUUAAUAUAAAGGCCUUUUACUGUACUUAGAAGCACAUGGAACUGUCAUGCCAACAAUCCCGUCAAUUGCUUGGGCCAUCGUCCACUAUGUGUGUUUUCAAACCCUGUAGCCAGUAUGCUGGAGUGAUUCCUAUUACCCAUGUAUCACUACCACUGUAGCAUGACCUAUUGUCACCAUCACAACAACUUCCUCUCUGUGAAUAGGAAUAAAUGGGUAUCCCCCAAAAAUAAAUGGCUGUCAAGAAAUGGAAGUAGGGGAAUUCCAACCCUGGAGAAAGCCAUUGGUUUAGCUGAAUUUAAUUGCAACAUUGGGUCUUGUGUUACGAGUGUCCAUUGUUUGGAUUGAAGCUUGGCUUAUGCUGUGUAGUUGGUGGUUGGCCCAUUAGUAGCAAAUUUAAUAGUAUUGAUUAAACCUUCAGGACUCUGUAGACCUACAGGCCUGGAAUAGCCCAUCCCUGACAUUGGAGAGGUAAGGAAUGCUGAUACUUAGUCACAUGGGAUGAAGUAGUUCUUAGCUAAACACAAGUGGCUAUUUCAUGCUUCGGUGGAGAUCUGGUGUCAGUAUCUCUCUUGGCUAGUGGGGGCUGCCUGCCCUGCCUGCUGCCAGUUGGGGGACCUGGCACCUUCUCUUCACAUCAUCUGGAUGUCGAUAGUCGAACUGGGAGAAGUAGUCUACAGUAUUAACCCAAGGCGGUGUUUGGAUAAAGAAAAGAAAACUCCUGGAACUGUAACAUGGGCUGCUCCUUCCUUCCAACUAUAACUGGGCUGUAAAUGAGUUAUUUAGUAAAGGAAGUAUUAUGACUUUGUAUAUGGUAACUCACCAUGUGACUUUCAGGGCAUUUCGAACCUGGGUCCUGUUCAUAAGGGCACACCGGAACCAAAAGUUUUGCGACGGAAAACCAGACCGAGCGUUUCUUAUUGGACAAGUCCAAGUAGUCUCAUGUUUGAACCCAUUUUCCCCCCGUUUGGUGCCUAAUGCACAUGACCAUGCCAGCUCUGCCAAGGUGCCCGAGGACUUGCCUGAACUGGCUAUUUCCACAAUCCCCUGAUGUAUUUUUUACACUUUUGGAAUUUAUUCAUUGGCACUUUACUAGUGCACUGUUACCCAAGAGAAAACCUUACUUUCUUAUUGCACAAGACAAACCUUAGUACAUCACCCACACAUACAUGCAAAUGGAAGCAGACUUACAAGGAAUUAUGUGACUACACAGUCAGACAUUACAUUCACAGGUGUAUAUAAAUACAUAUGCCUAUAUUAUGCACGCGCAAACACAAACACACAUUGGACACAUACACAUUAACACACUUAAACUAAUACAACUGUUAAAGGGAUAGUUUGGGAUUAUGUUUCCGAGUCCACUAUAAAGGAAGUUAGCAUUGGCUCGUGAAACUACCUCUAACUAGUUUAGGGCAAAGACUACAACCUAUCCCUUUACAGUUUUUUUCAAUCGCAUACAAGCAGUUUUUGUGUCUGUGUUGGAACAUCUAUUGCAGAAAACCGCAAUGAUGAAAUGCUCAAAUACAUUUACAGAACUUCUGGUCAUAUCUUAGAUCACCAUUUGCAAAACGCUUAAUUCAAAUGUCAUCAGUGACAUUACGUGUUCUGUUCACAUAAUAUAACACAAUUACGGCCCUGCUACACUAUAGCCAUCGGGCGUCUGGCGUUGCCAUCAGCUGAUGAGAAAAGGCUUCCUUUGAAAUCGAAGAAAGCUGCUUCACUGUCAGUGUUGCAUCACGUCCAAUGGCAGCAGCGCCCAAGCUCAAGAAUCGCCAUGGUGAAAUUGUUGAUGGCUGAUGCGCGAGUUCAUUCUAUCUUGUGAAUUGAAAUAAUGAGAAAUAAAGUUGCUUUUGGUUGCAUAUGGCUUUGACUACACCACGGGUUAUUUUACGUUCACAAUGUAAACAAAAGCAACGUCCGUAAUUAGAGAACAGAGAAUCAUUUAAUACAACUAAUAGGAACAGCUUAAUCAGUACUUCUGAAAAACUGGACAAAAGAUAUUGUACUUAGGCAUAAUUGAUGAAUACGGAACUGUACAUUUGGGGAAAAUAGAAUGAAGACGCUUUCAAAACAACGCGCUGGUGGCAUAGCAACGAAAAGCUUAAAUCAGGAGAGAACUUUGUGCGAUUGUGUUCACUGUUUCCGGCAAUCCGUAUACUGCACACAAUUCUAAAUCACCCCUUUCAGUGUCAUAUUAUGUAGCCCUAAAAUAUAUGGAAAGGUCUAGAUGACUGUUGGGGCUGUCUAGUUGUUAUGACAUUAUUUUUGACAAUAUUGCAGACAUUCAGAGAUGCACAUAAUUAAGUAAUCAUGCGGCCUAUUCAUAUCAGUUGUGUUCCUCCACCUUACCAUAUUUCUAUUGCGUAUGGUUUUUCUGUGAACCAAUGGAAAGUCUACAGAACAAUGAACAAACCAGCCUUUGUAUUGAGUACAUGGAAUUGGAUUGUGAUGAUACUGAUGAAUGAAUCGUGUGCACACAAGUGCUUUUUUAAAUCAGGAUUAUUUGAUGAGUAUGACAUUGUUUUGGUGAAAUAUGCAUAAAAGGACAGGAAUUGCCCAUAACUCUGCACCUUUUGGAUAGCUGUACUUCUACUUUUGAUCAUCAUGAUUUUGUGACUGUAAAUCAAAUGUAUUGAUCUACUGGGAUUUGUAAAAGCCAGACUAACUUCCUGUUUUGUCUGCUCGGACUCAAAAGAGAAGUUUGGUUGCGUUCAUCUUUCUGUGGGUGGUGGUGUUCUUUUGAUGAAUCUAUUAGCAAUGUUGAUGGUAGGCUAUAAUAUCAUUUUGAUGAAUGUAUUUUAUGUUUUGAGAAGGCAACUACAUUUUUGAAAAGGCAUUUGACUCUUUUCCAAAAGUCCACGGAGUUCUGUGUCUGGUGAACACUGUUUUGAAAAUUGACAACAUUGUUCCAAAAAAUGCUUGAAAUCGAUUGAGAAAAACGAAUGUAUGAUUUUUGGCCAGUUUGACAGCAUGUUUAGUUUUUUUUACUUUCUGGUGUUAUUUUUGUAUCAAACAGGCAUGCAGACCAGGUCUUCAGCCCCCCACAAUCUACAUAUAGGGUGCCUAAUCAUGGAUAUCAAUGAAAUAUGAUAAAUAUCUUAAUAAAUCUAUUAACCUGUA